AUUACUCUAUCUUAGAGUUGUCGAGAACUUUUUUUUCUUUUAUGUGUCACUUUUCAAAUCGUCUGAUUUUUUUCAUUAUCUUAGAUUGAUUUUCUCUCUCUUUUCACCAUCAUUUCUAAUAUCUACUUCUGAUGUAGUUGAAAUCUCUCUCUUAUCAAACACUUCUAUAGACAUCGUGCUUCCUCGUCUCUCUCUUAUACAUGAAGAACAACUACAUCAAACCGUGCGAUUCCGUUCAAUAUUAUCGCUACCUUGUCUCACAUCUGCACAAGCGAAUUACUGAAGAAACAAGAUCACCAUGUCAUGAGCAUCCCUUAUGACUGCUUAUUUGAAGUUAGGUAACAAUGUACAAAAGCUUGUCAUUCAUGUCGUUGAUCUGUGGAUUGUCAAGGAGCGUAAUGGACAACAACACUUUAAAUGUGUUAUCUAAGAUAUCAAGUGUGAUAAAAUACAUGUCGUUACCAGGAACAGAGAUUUCGAACUGUGGAAACAAAGGUUACGAGCAUCGAACUUAUAUGGUUUAUAAUGGUGACCAUUUAACCAAUGAACUUCCUUUGAAGAUCCGUGAUAACCCCUUGAAGCUAUUUUUUAAUGGUGGGACCACUAUAACCAUGGUAGACAGGUCGGAAAUACUAGAACACAAAUUUGAUUUCAAACCCAUUGUUGAUUUCUUACACGAAGAUUUCCAAGUGAACCACUUAUACGAUGUGAUUGGUGUACUACAUCAAGUAGUAAAGACUCAAGUUGCGGGUAGGGGGCGAAAGGCUUGUGUAAACAUACUCUUAUCCGAUGAGAUUGAUUAUGAAAUUGAGCUUACAUUUUGGGAAGCAUAUAUCAACCAAUUUAUGCCCUACAAAACUAAGCAUACCACACAUGGACACACAAUUAUCAUAAUCACUCAUGCUAUGUGCCAACAAAGUUCAACGAUCGAAAAGUUGUACAUCUCGAAUGCUUGGAAUGGAUCAAAAUUACUUCUUGAUUUUGAUCAUCCACUGGUCAAAACCUUAAAAUCAAAGUUGGGAGACACAAUGAGUUCUCAGGUUCAUCCACAACAACUAUCCCAACCUUCUGCAUCUCAGGGGUCAUUUGUAGACAUAUCUUUCUCCUACAUCAAUGACAUCAAAACUAUUUGCGACUUCAUUUCUCUUCAACAUUGUUAGCUGGCAAAUUUCGUCCCAAGGACUGCAAAGCUUGGUCGACCACAAGGACGGUCGGAGGAUUGGAUCGACGAGGCAGAAAACCAGAGCACGUGGUCGACGUAGAGGGAAGCUUGUCGAAUUCGAAGUCCAGCACACCAUGAUGAAAAUUAAUCAUGGGUAUUUGAAUGUGGGAAGUUACCUGCAAACGUAGGAGAGGUACUCUGACACAUGUCAUCCCGUGAAUGGGCCGUAACCUCCCAACGCUUAUUUUCUACUAGUAUUUAAGAAAAUUGUAAUGAUCAUUUCAAAGGGUGACAUUUUUUAGAAUUUCAGUAGGAGUAUACUUGAAGUAUCAAAGCGUUUACGAGA